AUGCAAGUCGAGAACCGAUUCCAGAGAUCAAGAAUACGGGUGAAGAAGUGCUCGCCCCUGGAAGCGUUCCCACGCGGAGGCCUAAAACGCAGCGCCCCGAGAAGGUUCCGCUUUUCCGCCCUCGCAGCCGUUACAGCACAGCUCGGAGAAGGGCGUUUUCCUGCUCGCCCCCAGGUCUCCAAGAGCGCCCCGGUCUGUGCACCCUUCGCCCUCUAUGCCCGCCCCGAGACGGGCCCCGACACCCGCGCCCGCAGAAGCCAGCUCGCACCGGCCCUCUCGCCUGCCGCCGGGGCUCCCCGCCCCCGCUGGGCUCCGCUCGCCGAUUGGCUGCGGGGUGGGCGGGGCGCUCCGGCGCUGCGCAUUGGCCGCCGAGGCGCGUCGGUGCCCACCCCCCGCCUGCGUCCGGCCGGCUCUGCCAGCUGCGGCGCAGCUGUCGUUUCCGGGGAAGAUGGCUGCAGCGCGCGUCCUGAGAGUCUGGGGUCCGAGUGCCGGGCGGCUGUUCUUCGUGGACAGAUUGUUCAGUUCAAACUCUCAGACAUUGGAGAAGGAAUUAGAGAAGUAACUGUUAAAGAAUGGUAUGUAAAAGAAGGAGAUACAGUGUCUCAGUUUGACAGCAUCUGCGAAGUUCAGAGUGAUAAGGCUUCUGUUACCAUCACUAGUCGCUAUGAUGGAGUCAUUAAAAAGCUCUAUUAUAAUCUAGACGAUAUCGCCUAUGUGGGAAAGCCAUUAGUAGACAUAGAGACGGAAGCUUUAAAAGAUUCAGAAGAAGAUGUUGUUGAAACUCCUGCAGUAUCUCAUGAUGAACAUACACACCAAGAGAUAAAGGGCCAAAAAACGCUAGCAACUCCUGCAGUCCGUCGCCUAGCAAUGGAAAACAAUAUUAAGCUGAGUGAAGUUGUUGGCUCAGGAAAAGAUGGCAGAAUACUUAAAGAAGAUAUUCUCAACUAUUUGGAAAAGCAAACAGGAGCCAUAUUACCUCCUUCUCCAAAAGCUGAAAUUGUACCACCUCCACCAAAACCAAAAGACAGGACUGUUCCCAUUCCAAUAUCAAAGCCUCCAGUAUUCAUAGGCAAAGACAAAAUAGAACCUGUAACAGGCUUUCAGAAAGCAAUGGUGAAGACCAUGUCCGCAGCGCUGAGGAUACCGCACUUCGGGUAUUGUGAUGAGGUCGACGUGACUGAAUUACGUAAGCUACGGGAAGAAUUGAAGCCCAUCGCUUUGGCUCGUGGAAUUAGACUCUCCUUCAUGCCUUUUUUCAUAAAGGCUGCUUCUUUGGGAUUACUGCAGUUUCCGAUCCUUAAUUCUUCGGUGGAUGAAAACUGCCAGACUAUAACGUAUAAGGCUGCUCACAACAUCGGGAUCGCGAUGGAUACCGAGCAGGGGCUGGUUGUUCCUAAUGUGAAGAACGUUCAGGUCCGCUCUGUGUUUGAGAUUGCCACCGAGCUGAACCGCCUCCAAAAUCUGGGCUCCCUGGGUCAGCUCAGCACUGCUGACCUUGCCGGAGGGACAUUUACUCUUUCCAAUAUUGGAUCGAUUGGUGGUACUUAUGCCAAAGCAGUGAUCUUGCCACCCGAAGUAGCAAUUGGGGCCCUUGGAUCCAUCAAGGCCCUUCCUCGAUUUAACCAGAAAGGAGAAGUAUAUAAAGCGCAGAUAAUGAACGUGAGCUGGUCAGCUGAUCACAGGAUUAUUGAUGGAGCUACAAUGUCACGCUUCUCAAAUUUGUGGAAAUCCUACUUAGAAAACCCAGCUUUUAUGCUACUAGAUCUGAAAUGAAGAUCUAUCUAUAAGAUAUCCUUGAGCUUUUUGAAUUUCCAAAGAGUAUGUAAAACCUAGCUGUGGUACACAUAUUCUCACAACUUGCGUUGUAAAUGAUGUGUACUAUACACUUAAGAUUGUAAGGCUCAACAUUUAUCACUAUUCGGUUAGACUUUAGUGACAGUGAUUAAUGGUGGAACGGUUCUCUUGGGCUGUCCCAUUUUGUAACACUAUGGUGCUUUGGUCUUUGUUUUAAUGGAUUGACGCUGGCAACGAAACAAAGCCACUAUUACUGAAACAGCCAUACGUACACAGCCUCUCUCUCUCUCUCUCUCUCUCUCU